GGAGGACGACGACAGAGCGGGAGGACGACGACAGAGCGGGAGGACGACGACAGAGAGAGAGAGAACGACGACAGAGAGAGAGUGCGACGACACGAGAGCGACGACAGAGAGAGAGAGAGAGCGACGACAGAGAGAGAGAGAGAGCGACGACAGAGAGAGCGGGAGGACGACGACAGAAGAGAGCGACGACACAGAGACAGAGAGCGACGACACAGAGACAGAGAGCGACGACACAGAGACAGAGACGACAGAGAGACGACAGAGAGAGAGCGGAUGACGACAGAGAGAGAGAGAGCGGAUGACGACAGAGAGAGAGAGAGAGAACAACGACGACAGAGAGAGAGAACGAUGACAGAGAGAGAGAAUGACAAGAGAGAGAGAGAACGACGAGAGAGAGAGAGA